GUGGCAGCCGGUCUGGGCAUCGAGCCGACGUGGUUGGCGGGAACCGAUGGGGAUUCCCUCAAGGCACGGAGUGGGUAUGCUAAGCGUUGCCAGGGCGGGCCGGGCGGCCGGGUGCUUUGCCCCUGGUUCGACGCCGCACACAAGACGCGCCGUAUUCGGUAUGUGCGAAAUGCCAAGUCGAAUUGGGGCACGCAUUGGGGGACCUUGGGCUGUCUGAUGAGCCACGAGCGUGCUUUGGCGCAGCUCCAAGACGCUCCUGCCCUCAUCGUCUUGGAAGACGACAUCCGCCUGGCAAUCGAUGCCAAGGAGGCCUGCGCGAUGAUUGCGCAGGCUCUCCGUUGCAUCCACAAGGACCACAAGGAUUGGCUGAUCCUGUACCUUGGCUGCUCUACCACUCCGUGGUCUGGGCCCUUGCGCAAGGUGCGCGGAGGGCCGGCUGGUUUGUGCUGCGCCCGGCAGGCUUACCAGAGCCAUGCGUUCGUGAUCUCGCAGGCGGGGGCGGAGAUUUACUGUGAAUACCUUCGCAAAGGCUUCCCUGCGGAAAACGCGCUGCUGAACAUGGAGCAGAAGAAGCUCACGCAGAGCGACAUCCGCGAGUCCACCGUGGCCUACCG